AUGACUGAUGUUUUGAGGAAUCUAGUCGGAAAGAUAACCUUUCGCAAUUCAGACAACCUACAGUUAAAACAUAAGACUUCUAUACAGAGCACGACGAGUAAUACCGGACAGGAAAAGAAGAAAAGGAAAUCGGAAACGGGGGAAAAAGUAGAGGAUGUAAAAUUGCACCAUGACAUACCGAACUUCAAUAACAGUGCGAAGUAUAUCAACGACAUAGAGAAUCUUAUAAUUUCUAAACUGAUAGACGGUGGUAAAGAAAGUAUUGCAGUUGAUCAUAUUGAGCACGUUGAUAUUUCGGACAGAAAAACGGAUGAAAAAGUAGUCGGUAAAAAAGAAAGUAUUAGUAGCAAACUCAGUAAAGAGAGAGUUGACAGAAUGAUUAAUUUCGACUAUAGGUAUAACAAAAUCAAGCAAAGAAUUCUUCAUAAAAAAGUUUAUAAACAUGACCACAAAACUAACGCCGACAAAAAGAACCAUGGAGGAACUAUAGAUAUCAGUUAUUCUGCGACAGAAGUGGUUGGUCAUGGUUCAUUUGGUGUUGUGGUCACUACAGUGAUAAUCGAGACUGAACAGAAAGUUGCCAUCAAAAAAGUAUUACAGGAUAAAAGAUAUAAGAAUAGAGAACUUGAGACGAUGAAGAUGUUGCGCCAUCCAAAUACAAUAGGCCUACAGUAUUAUUUCUACGAAAAGGACGAAGAAGACGAAGUAUACCUCAGUCUUGUUUUAGACUACAUGCCUCAAUCAUUAUACCAAAGGCUUCGUCACUUUGUCCAUUUGAAAACCGAGAUGCCACGUCUAGAAAUUAAAUUUUAUGCAUAUCAACUAUUCAAGGGUUUAAAUUAUUUGCAUAAUGUUCCCGGGAUAUGUCAUAGAGAUAUAAAACCGCAAAAUUUACUGGUAGAUCCGGCGACAUUUUCUUUCAAGAUUUGCGAUUUUGGCAGCGCCAAAUGUUUGAAGCCAGACCAGCCCAACGUGUCUUACAUUUGUUCAAGGUACUAUAGAGCUCCUGAACUAAUGUUUGGCGCCACAAACUACUCGAACCAAAUCGACGUGUGGUCAAGUGCCUGUGUCAUAGCUGAAUUGCUUUUGGGCAAGCCCUUGUUCUCUGGCGAGAGUGGUAUAGAUCAGUUAGUGGAAAUCAUCAAGAUAAUGGGCAUACCUACAAAGGAUGAAAUUUCAGGAAUGAACCCCAAUUAUGAAGAUCAUAUUUUUCCCAAUAUCAAACCAAUUACUCUGGUUGGAGUCUUUAAGGAGGAAGAUCCUGAUGUUCUGGAAUUGCUCACAAACACUCUAAGGUAUCAUCCCUGCGAAAGAUCCACACCUUUAAAAUGUCUACUAUUAAGCUAUUUUGACGAAAUCAAACGCUGUGACACUGACGCUCAUGCCAAAGCACAAUAUCUACGUAUAUUCGACUUCGAUGUGAAAACAGAGUUAGGCCAUGUACCAUCUGUGGAGUUGUCUACCACCGAGGCACAGUUGAAAUAUCCAGUUACUUGA